AUGGCUCGCUCCACAUCCCCACCAUCCGCUCAGAAUAUAUACCAUCCGGGGGUAGAUCUGGAAGAUUUUGAAGGGUAUACGCAUGGCGGAUUCCACCCAACCCUUAUCGGCGACACAUUUUGUGAGGGACGCUACACUGUGGUCCACAAGCUUGGCUUCGGCGGCUACUCAACUAUCUGGCUUGCACGAGACCGACGAAACCAACGAUAUGUAUCCCUGAAAAUACUGACUGCAGAAGCAUCACGAGAAAGUCGUGAGGAUGAAAUACUUCAAAUAUUAGCGAAGGGUGACUCGACCCACCCUGGGAAGAGAUUUGUUCCUUACCUGUUGGACCGAUUCUCUUUCGAAGGUCCCAACGGACACCAUCGGUGUUUGGUCGGAGAGCCUGCUGGUUGUAGCUUGGCUAAAUCUAAGGAAGAUAGUACGAAUCUCAUGUUUCCACGGGAUGCGGCAAGGUCGAUUGCUGCUCAGUGCUUUAUGGGAGUGUCUUAUUUACAUGCAAAUGGUGUAUGCCACGGAGAUCUUCAUCUACAUAACUUACUCUUGCGUGUCCCAAACUUCGAUAGUUUGAGUGCGGAUGAUUUAUACAAGCGUUUUGGAAAGCCGUACGAGGCUCCAAUUCGACGACUGGACGGGAAACCUAACAAGCCACACGCACCUCCACAUGCCAUUAAUUGCAUGGCUUGGAAUAUGCCUGCAAAUGAAAUUGCAGAACCAGAGAUUGUCAUAUCUGAUUACGGGACAUCGUUCAUUAUAUCCCAAACACCCUCUCCGACGCUUCACACACCGAUCCUUUACGCGCCGCCGGAGGAAUUCUUCAACGAAACCAUCACUAAACCCACAGCAGCCGACAUAUGGACGCUUGGGGUUAAUUUAUAUGACGCCAUGGGCGAGCGUCCACUUUUCGAAACUUUCGCUUGGGACCCAGACGAUAUUAUCGCGGAGAUGAUCAAUACGCUUGGGCUACCACCCCAGAGGUGGUGGAACACUUGGGCCAAGCGCUCUGAAUUCUUCGAGGCGGAUGGUUCAUGGGUCACCGAUUUUCGGCGUAUUUGUGACCCUAUUUUCCGACGCCUUCCGAAGCGCAUCUGGGAUAUGGGCCGUGGCGACACACCAGACACCUGUGAGUGGGACGUUCCUGGCGGCGAGUUUAAUGCAUUAGAGUGUCUUUUUCGGGCAAUGUUGUCAUUUGAACCGACCCAGAGACCGACCGCCGAACAGCUCUUAACAUUUGAGUACACUGUGAAGUGGGCGAUGCCGGCGUGGGAAAAUCAGAUGAAGAGAUCUUGUACGCAUUCCAUGGAGAAGAGAUGA